AUGGAUCAGGAUACUGCUAAAAAGCUCCUUGUUGAAGGCGGUACAUUUGUGUUCCUCGGGGUGCCCCAAGAGACCCAAUUCGGUAUUGAUAUGCAAUGCUGGAAUACUGAAGAAGAUUUUCGCGGAAUAAAAAUGAUUCCACCGGGUCUACACUACGUACACUAUUCUGCUGUGAGUAAAGGAACUGGCGAUGUUUCACCUAGGUCAGGAUUUAUGUACUUUUUUCAAAAAAAAGAAUUUUUGGUUAAAAUUUGGGAUAAAAGUUUAGAAGACAUAAGUAAAGAUGAAAUUAGUGAAGAAAGUAUUCAACGACUAAAAGACAAUCUAUUAAAUUUAGACCGGCACCUUGCUCCAUAUCCAUAUGAAAUAUGGCAAAAGUGGAAACUUCUGUCAUCUCAAAUAACAGCUGAACUGGCACAAAAACUAUCACCAGAAAGUGGUUUGAUCAGAGCAUCAGUGGAAUUACUAUCAAUGAGUGAUGAAGACAGACCUCGAGGGGUAAAACCAAGUUCAUCUCAAGAAUCUAAUAUAGAAUCAAAUGAAGUCAUAGAAGAAUCAACUUCUGGUCAAUCUGAUGCUAAGCGGUCCAAAAGAAUAACACAAGCUGAGAAAGAAGAUGCAAUGUUGCCAGAUUUAAAACCUGUACCAGGAGCAUCCCUAAGAUUUACUGAAAUACCACGGGAUAAACAUCCACCAGGUUCAAAACCAGAUGAAAUUACAAAGCAUUACUUAGAUCAGUCUUAUACCUUAGAAAUGAUGAUUGCUCAACAUGAUGAGCCUCUUCACAUUAUUGGCGAGCUACAAUUUGCAUAUUUAUGCUUUUUAAUCGGACAUUCUCUUGAAGCCUUUGAACACUGGAAAAAUUUAGUAAUAUUAAUGUGUUCUUGCGAAGAAGCCAUACACAAAUAUAGAAGUGUCUUCUUUCACUUUAUCAGGACUGUAGAAACUCAAAUUGAUGAAAUGCCAGAAGAAUUUCUAGCAGAUAUUGUAAUGAAUAGGAAUUUAGUUUACAAAAAAUUACGAGAUUUUUUCCGCACAGCAUAUAUGAGUAAAGUUGAUGGUAGGCUUUUAACAAUGAUUGAAAGGUUUAAAGAAAAUUUGACAGAAAAACUUCAAUGGGACUUCACUGAACUAGACACUGAUGAUGAAGAUGAGAGACCUGUAAUAGUUAAAUUAGAU